AUGGAUCUCCAGCCAUCUCCCCAGCAAAGAGAAAUCGACCGAGUGCUGUAUCUGCGCCGCAUCUCGCAGGCUCGGUCCUGCUAUCCGUGUCGCCAGCGCAAGGUCAAGUGCGACCACGGCCAGCCCUGCCAGACCUGUCAGAAGAGAGGCCAUCCCGAGAUCUGCUCCUACAAUGUGGGCACGUCCGAGAAGAAGCGCGGGCGGCGUGCCAAAGCAGCAGCUGCAAGUGUAACGCCUGUGAGGGCUUCUCGAAGGAGAGACUCUGAGCCUGAGCCCGAGUCAGACCCAGAGCCUGGGCUUGAGCCACCGCGAAGGAAUGCUGAAGCUGGGCCUCAAAACACAGCAGCGACGGCUAAUUAUCACCCCCCACGAAAGGAGCUCUAUCAAGGAGGCAGCUCCGUACUCACUAUGCUGCACGGCUCUGCCGACUCUCCCGCCGUUGAGAUGAGGCGCAAGGCCGGACCACUCCUUGGCUUACACAACACCUUGGAGUUUUAUCCGUUCAUGAAGAUCAAGACUCUACAGGAGAGGUGGGCAGAGUUGCUGAAGAUUAUUCCUCAGAAACAGGAAGUGCUGAGAUAUUUUCCCUCUCAUGGGGCCACGAUAUAUCCGUUAAGCCCUGUUCUGCUGGAUCCUGAUGGUCUAGAGUCUACCUUUUGCGACUAUCUUGCAGCCCUGGAAGCUGGUGAGCUUCGUAGCCCCAACGUGAUAUCGACGAAAUGGGUCUGCAAAGCCUAUAUAUCGCAAAUUGCUCUAAUACUGGCCGCACUUGCCACCAGUGCGCAUUACUCAGUGAUGCAAUCUCCAAAGAAGCGCUCUGAACAUUGCCUUGACUUUGAUGUUGGGCAGUCGGAUGGUGCGUGGGUCAUGAUGGGCACCACUGUUCGGGCAGCGCAGGCUUUGGGCUUGCACACGCAAAGUGCGUCUCAACAGUCGGAAGAAGGGGCAAAGAAAAAACAGGCUCUUUGGUAUGUCUACUUACAGGACUGCUUGCUCAGCCUGUGCCAUGGCCGGCCGCACAUUGCGUCCAAGCAAUCCCUCGCGACGCAAAACUCUCUUAGAUCUAAUGAACCACUAGAUUUCUCAGAAAUGAUGUGUGGUAUUGUUUCAGUAUCCACUAGUCUCCUGGAACUAGAAAAGCCAAACUGUGAGGCAUCAAUGAAGCUGCUGACCGAGUUGGAUGGAUACAGAUCACGAGCUGUGCCUUAUUUGCAGCACCGAGAGAAAUGCACAAACAUCCAGCAGCGCUACGAGAGCCUUAGCAUAGAGAUUCAGCUGUUUUUCGCAGUCUCGGUAUUGUGCCGGCCAGCUCUCACAAAAUUUGCUACUACCGAGAAUGGGCAGACUAAUGUUAUCCGAGCUCUCAAGUCUCGAGCCAAAGAGAGCUUGAUGAACACAGCAAAAGCAUUCAUAGAGUUUCAGGCGCUGAGCAUCAUCCCUAUUCGGACAUGGUCUCUUAUACAUGCAGUUCUAAGUGCCACGAUUCUACUUUGUCUGUGGGAAGAAACGCGAUGUGACCAGGAGAGCCGAGAUGUGCUGCAGCGAGUAAUGGAAAUAUUUUCUCGGGCAGCGCAGGCAGAUGACGAGACUGGCAUGAUGGUUGAUGCGUCAGGAAACAAUAACUGGCUGUCCAUGAACCACACCAGAGCAUUGGUGGCUCUGCAAAACGCCAUACAGAAAGCUCCCGCCUUGCACACUUGCGGGUCAUUAUCAACUCCUGAACGGGAGCAGGCGGAAAAUGUGCCACAGCAGAAUUACUCCUUACCAAGAGACCAGGAUGCGGCUCCGAUAGAUCCGAUGAUGGACGCAGUGAUGGGUUACAACUUUACUGCCAUGUUGGGGGACAGGUUCGUUUGCUGA